AAGUCGCUUCCUACGCUUUCUAAUAUGUGUCAUAUGAUCAUACAGUAAGAAUCGAUCUGAAUGUCGGGGGAGUGUCUGCUACAUCGUUUUAUUUGAACAAAAAUAUUAAAAGAAAAGAUGUUGAAUUUAUUUAUCUGUUUUGUAUUCACCUUGGCUGGAGUUUAUGCCAAUGGUGAAUUUGUUGUACUUCACAGUCCGGAUAGUGUAUCUUUUCAUGGAAAUGAAAAGAUUGAGCAAAGUUUAUUGAAAGAAGUUUUUGCAGCUUGCUUGGGUUACACCGUUAAACAAAGAGAAACUUGGCAAGGUAUCUCUAUCACAGAUCCAUUUUCAUUACCAGAAGCUAUCGUUAGUAUUGCGGUAGAAGGAGUUGAUACAUUAGAUGUACCAAAUGGAAAAAAAUUUCAGUUAAACGAUGAUGAAAUCGAAGAAACAACAUGGCAAGCAAUUAGUGGGCGACUUGCAGAAAGAGAUAAUGAUAAUACAUUAGUCAGAAUUUAUCUAGGAGAUGGUCUUGAUGCUCUUGGACAAUCUGCACUUGGCGAAUUGAAACCAGUUCCAAUAGAUGAGUCAUCUUUAAAAGCACUGCGUUUAACAAAUGAGGAAGACAGAAAAUUCCUUGAAGAGAUACAAUUACUCCGUGCGAUCGCAAAGAAAGUACCUACAGCGAUCAAAGCAGAUGACAAACCAGAUGUUUACUGGUUGGUAGUCUCAGGAUUACGUCCUGUAUUUGAUUUACAUGGGAACAACUCAACAGCUGCUAAGGAAGCUCUUCUUCUCUUGAAUAAUGCUUUUAAUGUUAUUAGUGAGGCAUUUAUGAAAGCUUAUGAUAACAAGGUUGUAAUCACAGCAUUCACAAAUGAUGCAAGUUUAGUACGCCAUACUCGUUCCAUUUCUUCUAGUAGGCAACGUAGAGAAGCACAGGAUGAUAGGCAUAAAAACAUAGUAUCCAUGGUGGAAUCCAGUAAUACAGAGUUUAAUAGUAAUAACAUUAUUAACAAGCAAGCUGACCAAGAAGAAGAAAACAGAAAUAUAAGUGAUGAAGAAAACAUAGACACUAAUAUUCAUAGUACUAGCGAAAUCAACAGUGAUGUCAGCAGUACCACUGAAUAUAGCAACACCAAUGCUGAUAGUGGAAGUACUGAAAAGUCUGAACAAGACUUAGCUAAAAUGGAAAAUAAGAUAAAUACUAACACAAAAAGUGUAGGACAGCCAGCUGAUCAAGAGGACAAAAGUAGAAAUAUAAACGAAGGAGAAAACAUAGAUAUUAAUAUUUAUAGUGCUAGCAAAAUUAAUACUAAUCUCAGCAGCACCACUGAAUAUAAUGACGUCAAUACUAAUAGUGGAAAUACUGAAAAGUCUGAUCAAGAUUUAACUAAUAUGGAAAAUCAAAUAAAUGUUAAUACAAACAAUGUAAGACAGGAUGAAUGGAACCAUGCUAAAUAUUAUACUUACAAUUAUCCAGUUAUAUUUAAUAUCUUUUUAUGGUUUGGAGUAGUCUUCGUAUUCUCUCUUCUUGCUAUUUGCAUUGCAAUCGCGGACAUGGAUCCAGGUCGUGACUCUAUUAUAUACAGAAUGACAUCAAAUCGUAUGAAAAAGGAUAAUUAAACAUGAAUACAUAAGCAAGUAGGUAUUUAUAAAUGAAAUAUGCUAAAUGUUAUAAUAAAGGUUGUUUUCUUUAGAAAGAAAAAGUUUUAAUUGAAAUGUGAAGGAUGUAAAUAAUAAUAUCUGUAUGUUUAUAUAUUUCCAAAUAUAUUAGAUGGAACAUUAAAAGGGGAA